AGCUUGAUUUCCACUACGUUGGUUUAGAAGAUUACUAUUGCCUAACUCGACUUCUCAAAAAGAGGAGCUGGGAGCUGGGAGGAAUGACUCAUCUGGAUACAAAACCUAUCUCCAUCGGUGGUUCCCCCAAUCAUGACCAAUCACCUGAAGCGCCCUCAAGAAUUAGAUACGAUGAAACCCAAGAAACUGAAGCAGGAAAAUCAUUGAAUGAGAAGCUAACAUGGACAAAUGGGCCAUAUGAUUCUUCCCCACAGCAUGGUCAACUAUCGCCGCCAGUGGUCUUUACAAAUGUAGGAAAUGCUGAUAUGCAGGAUUCUGUGAAGAGUUUAACUGAGAAGCUCUCUGCUGCUCUGUUGACUGUCAGUGCUAAAGAGGACUUGGUGAAGCAGCAUGCAAAAGUUGCCGAAGAUGCUGUUGCAGGUUGGGAGCAUGCUGAAGUUGAAGUUAGUAAUCUGAAGCGGCUACUUGAUGCUUCAUCUCUGAAGAAUGCCUCUUUGGAGGAUCAAGUCAGCCACUUGGAUGGUGCCCUCAAGGAAUGUGUCAGGCAGCUUCGCCAGGCACGAGAAGAACAAGAGGAGAAAAUCCGUGAUGCAGUUGCUAAGAAGUCCCAGGAAUUGGAGUUUGAGAUGUCUGAGCUCCAGAACAAUAUGGCUGACCUGCAACAGCAGCUUGAAGCCUCUGAUCUGCGGGAAAAACUUAAGGUAGCAGAAAAAGAAUGCAAGGAUCUCAAGAUCGAGUUGCUCACACUAUCCAAGGAAUUGAAGGUGCUCGCACUGGAAAGAGAUUUGAGCAGCCAAGCAGCAGAGACAGCGAGCAAACAACACUUGGAAAGUGUGAAAAAAAUUACAAGAGUCGAGGCAGAAUGCCGUAGGUUGCGCCAUGUGACACGUAGAACCUCCUUAGCCAAUGAUUCUUCUAGGCCUGUUCCAAACAAUGCCUGCAUGGAAUCUCUGACUGACAGCCAGUCUGAUAGUGGGGAGCAUAUGCUAGCUGUUGACAGUGAUAUAAAAAAUUCUGAUAUGUGGGCCUCAGCUCUGAUAGCAGAACUCGAUCAAUUCAAAACCGGCAAUGAGGGCACAAGAGAACUUGUAAACAAUACUGUUGAGAUUGACCUAAUGGAUGAUUUUCUUGAGAUGGAAAAGCUGGCCGCAUUGCCUGAAGGAGAUCACACGAGCUCUAGCUUUGGAACAGAAACUGAUUCUGACCGGGCUGUGACCAGAGAUAUCUCAAGAGGUGAAACUGAAGCCCUACAGCACCAGGUUAUGGAUUUGCAAGCAAAGGUUGAAAGGAUUGAACAUGAUAAAAAAGAGCUUGAAAUGGCCCUUGCAGAGGCUAGAAAUCAGCUUGACACGUCAUGUGACACUCUCAUGGCAGCUAACAGUAAGCUGGUUGACCUGCAGAUGCAGUUAAACUUGGCAAACGAGUCCAAAGAUGCUGCUUUAGGACAAGCUGAACAGUUAGAUGGUGAGAGGAAGUCAUUGGCAUUGCAGUUGGAAUCAAAGUCAGCAGAAGUUGAGAAGCUUCAGGGUGUGGUGACUUCACUGGAAGAAACUGGGGAUAGCAAGGAGUUGGAGUUGCGGUUAGAAUCAACUAUUGCAGAGGUAGCAAAUCUUCGCAAGAUGGUGGCAGCCUUGGAAGAGAAGAUUGAUGCAGAGAAAACCCUGUCUGCGCAGCACAAAGCAGACGCAGACAUGGCAAAGGCAGCUAAAGACACGUUAGAGACACAGCUGCGAUCCGCAAGCACAGAAAUUGGGCAACUAAGAGGAAUUAUUAAAACAUUGGAGAGUGAGGUGCAGAAGGGGAAGAUGUCUCACAAAGAGCUCGUGGCACAACUAGAGGCUAUGAAGACUGAAUCAGAGAGAACACUUUCGGUGGAGUCCGCCAAAGAAUCAUUAGAGGCUCAGCUCCUGGUAGCAAACUCAGAAAUCGCAAAGCUGCACGUAACGGUGAAUGCACUGGAGUCUGAUGCAGCAAAGGAGAGAGAAUAUUCUUCGGAGGUCAAGAUGCAAUUGGAGGCAGUUGAGGGCAUCAGAAAGGUUUUGGGGUCUGAGCUUGAGUCUGCGCACCAGGAGACCAUGAAACUCCAGGAGAAGGUGUCGUCACUGGAAGUGAGGCUGAAAGAGCAGAGUGUGUUGCUGGUAGAAUUCACUGCCAAGGCAGAGGAUGCAGUGUCAGGGAGAAAGGCAAUGGGGAGUCAACUUGAAGAAGCAAACCUGGAACUCGCGAAACUGACAAACAAGGUGAGCUUGCUACAAGGGAAGAUUGAGCAGGAGAAGCUGCUCUCAGAAGAGUAUGAAGCGAAAUGCCGCAAACUGGAGGCUCAGCUGUCAAGGGAUAGUCGGGAGGCAAAACUUUGGCGACUCGCCAACACAAAUGGAGACCUGAAGUUCAAGCAGGAGAAAGAGGUCGCCAGCGCUGCAGGGAAGCUCGCAGAGUGCCAGAAGACGAUCGCCAACCUCGGGCUUCAGCUGAAAUCGCUGACGGACCUCGACAGCGUGAUGACCGAGCCUGACAAGCUGGAAUCAAAGGACAGGCUGCUGGACUUCAGAGAAGACGGCACUUCGCCGGUCGCCGAUGAAUCGUAUGGUCUGGAUCUCCCAAGGAGCAACGGGGGCUGCGUCUCGCCCGUUCCUCUGGCCCAGUCCCCGUCGUCGCGGCGCUCGGUGUUCUCGGGGGGUUUAUCGUCUAUGGGUAGCUACAGGAGCAGGGCAAGGAAGUGAGAUGUGAUGUAAGAGAUUGUGCAUAGGUUAUCUAACUGUUCCUGGAUGUUGUUGUGAGCUCAGUUGUCACCUGGGGGUAGAUUCGGUGUGCGUUUACAGGAAGUUGACGGUCCGCUUUUGGAUUUGUGCUCUCUGUCAUUUUCGGUCCUGUCUGUCAUUAGAUGAUCGGUGUUUCGCUAGAUGCAGAUGCUUAGUAGUAGUGCACUGCACGUGCACUAAAAUGUUACCCAGGACUAAAAAAAAAGACCAACCAGCAAAACUGCGAUUACUUUUUUUCUUUUCUUUGAAAA